CCACUGCAUUUCAACUGUCUUUCCAUACGAGAGCCACACUCAACUGACAGCUAACCUUACGCACUUGUUGUUGGAAGCCUCCGGGACCCGGGACAUUUCCACACCACAUUUGUCGGGUCCCUGAUCACCAUGAAGACAACACUGCUGCUCUCUGUACUGUGCGCUGUCAUGGCGGUGGCUGCGUCUCAGGCCUGUGGAAGUGAUACCUGUGCUACUGAUGAGGAUUGUGACAAUAGUACUAAUACCUGCCAGUGCAAUACAUCUCUCUAUCCAUUCGUACGAGGAAGCCUUCCAUCUCCAAAUAUUACUUGUACUGGAGAAAACUUCAAUAUACAAGUGUCAAAAUGUUGGUUGGAAAAACAAGGUUAUAGUACGUCUGAUAUCAGGCUGAACAGCACCGACCCCGAGUGUCUCGCAGUAAGGCAGAAUGUGAAUGGAAUAUCGGAGAUGAUCAUUUAUCGUCCAGUGAUAAGUUCUCUCUGUAACACGGUUCCUGUGAUGAAUGCGACUCAUGUCACCUACACAAACCUGCUGUAUAUUUUUGCCAAGACGUAUCCAAUCCAAAUAACCAAUGACGCCACCGUGAAUGUUUCCUGCAGUUACCCGCUGAAUUUGAAUAUCAUUCGUAAUAAGACCACAAUAAUAAACGGCCCUUCAGGAAAUGGAAGUUAUGUAGCCUUAAUGACGGCCUAUACAGAUAACACAUUUACCACCCCUCUCUCCGACUCCGACAACCUGCAAGUAGAAGAUACCGUCUACAUCUCAGUGCAAGUACCAGAUCUGGAUGUGAACGCCUUCAAACUCAAAGUGGUGAAUAUUUAUGCCUCUCCUACCAAUUCAAGCGACAAAAGGUACUAUCUUCUUCAGAACGGGUGCCCAGGUAGCGAUGUAUCUGCUGACCAGCUAACAGUGGAAAGCAAUGGAGUCGGCGCUGAAGCUCGUUUUGAUAUGAAAGUCUUCCAGAUUGCCAAUUCUAACGCCGUCUAUCUCUUUGCCGAUCUCGCACUCUGCACUACUGAUUGUGCCACGAACUGCGACUUUCAAUCCAGAUCACUGAUGAUCCAGCCAGUUGCAGGAGACACUGGAACCUUUUUGAAUGCAGCUGUUUACAAUUACGUUGGAAGUUCUGCUCGCGUGGCUGCGUCUGCAUCCUGCGAAAGUAAUUCCUGUGCUGAUGAUGAGUAUUGUGACAAUAGUACUACUACCUGCCAGUGCAAUACAACUCUCUACACAUACACAGGAAGCCUUCCACCUGUAGAUGUUACUUGUACCGGAGCAAAUUUCAAUCUAAAAGUGUCAAAAUGUUGGUUGGAAGCAAACGGUUAUAAUACAUCAGAUAUCAGGCUAAACAGCACCGCUGACAAUUGUUGGGCAUUAAGGGAGGUUGUUGGUGGAACAUCGGAGAUGACCAUUUAUCGUCCAUUGAUAACCUCUGACUGUAACACUGAAGCUGUGGUGAAUGCAACCCAUGUCACCUACACAAACCAGCUGUAUAUUUUUGCCAAGACGGAUCCAAUCCAAAUAACAAAUGACGUUAUCAUGGAUAUUUCCUGCUCUUUACCGCUGACUAUGAAUGUCGCUCUUAAUGUGGCACUGAACCCAAUACUCCGGAGCACAGAAAUAAACGGCCCUACAGCAAAUGGAAGUUAUGCAGGCGUAGUGAUGAUGGCCUUUACAGAUAGCACAUAUGCCACCCCUCUCUCCGACUCCGUCCCCCUGACUGUAGAAGAUAAUGUCUACAUCGCAGUGUAUAUACCAGAUCUGGAUGCCACCACCUUCAAACUCAACGUGCUGAAUAUUUAUGCCUCUCCUACCGAAUCAAGCGACAAAAAGUACUUUCUUCUUCAGAACGGGUGUCCGUCUAGCGAUGUAUCUGCUGAUGAGCUAACAGUAAUAAACAAUGGAAAUGGCUCUGAAUCUCGGUUUCCUAUGAAAGUCUUCAAGAUUGCCAGUUCUGCCAACGUUUAUCUCUAUGUCGAUCUUAGACUCUGCACUACUGAUUGUACCACGAUAGAGGAACAAGAAGUGGACGUUGUGACUUUAGCAUAA